AUGACGUCCAUUACUAUACGCGAGUUGAGAGCGGAUGACAUCGAUGAGUUCUGCCGGUUUCUCACCGUAAACUUCUACGGCCAUGAGCCGGUCUUGCAAACACCCGGAGACCACAAGAUCGUCACAGAUACGCCGGAGAAACGCGAGACUCGUUUAGCUAUCAUACGACAAGGUCUCUCGUUGGUUGCUGUGGAUUCGAGCAAUGAAGGUCGCAUUGUGGGCAUCGCCUAUGCGGAAGAAAUGGUUCCCAAUGACUUGGAAAUCAAUUGGAACAAAGUCAAUGAGAAGAAGCCAAAGUCCUUUCUUGAUCACGUGCAUCUAUUUCUUAGCGGCGUGGAGAUACGUUCGAAGUUCUUUGAACGCUUCGAAGCAUCGAAGGCUCUCUUCCUGAACAUUCUGACUGUGGAUGCAACAGUGUGCAAUCAAGGAAUAGGACGUCGUCUUGUGGCCGCUUUAAUAGAACUGGGUCGCUCCAAGGGCUUCCCCCUGAUUGCAGUCUCCUGCACCAGUUUGUAUUCAACUCGCGUCAUGUCAGCUCUGGGAAUGAGUUGUGUCCACUCUGAGAAUUAUUUGGAUUUCAAAGAUGAGGAUGGCAAUGUAGUGCUGAAGCCACCUGCACCUCAUACUUCUGUCAAUCUCAUGGCAAUGAAAUUGUAG